CGUGUUCGCAUGCAGCCGCCUGCAUGUCACGUCAGUCAAUCUGCCAGCGCCAAGACUCCAAUCAAACUGGGCCAAUCGCACUCCUCUCUAUACCCUAGCGGCCGGGGGGACCCUUUUCGCACUCGACUCGACUCGUCUCUCAUCCAUCCGUCCACGCAUUGACACACAAACAUCUCUUUUCUGUUCCGCCUCCUCUUCCUCUUCUCCUCCCCUUCCCCUCCCCCGACCUUAUACGCCCGCCCGCUUUGCUUGGGUUCUCCAAAUGGCUGUCAAUGCGAGCUUCGUUUCGCCCACGGCCGACGCCAAAGUCGCCCAGGUCAUGACUUCAUUCAAUGCCAAUGGCCUGGUCUCGCAGGUCCUCAGUGAUAUGACCUGGUGGAAGCUUACCCUAACCAUCCUGAUGCUUGCCGUCGCCUACGACCAGUUCAAGUACAUAUGGAACAAAGGCUCCAUCAAAGGUCCCGCCUUCAAAUUGCCCUUCAUGGGCCCUUUCCUAGAGUCCGUAAACCCAAGCUUCACCAAGUACCACGAGAAAUGGACCUCUGGCCCCCUCAGCUGUGUCUCCGUCUUCCACAAGUUCGUCGUCAUCGCCUCUACCCGCGACAUGGCUCGCAAAGUCUUCAACUCGCCCACUUUCGUCAAGCCCUGCGUCGUCGAUGCCGCCUACAAGCUCCUGCGCCCUCAGAACUGGGUGUUCCUCGACGGCAAGGCUCACGUCGACUACCGCAAGGGCCUGAAUGGCUUGUUCACCCGUUCCGCUCUUAACCAGUACCUCCCCAUCCAGGAAGAGAUUUACAACGAGUACUUCAAGCAAUUCGUCCACACUUCCCAGGUCGAGAACAAGGGCGAGCCCAUCCCUUUCAUGCCGGCCUUCCGUGAAUUGCAGUGCGCCCUGAGCUGCCGAACCUUCUGCGGUCACUACAUGACCGAAGAAGCCAUCAAGAAAAUUUGCGACGACUAUUACCUGAUCACCGAAGCCCUCGAGCUUGUCAACUUCCCCAUCAUCCUGCCCUUCACUAAGAGCUGGUAUGGCAAGAAAUCCGCCGACAUGGUUCUAGAGGAAUUCUCAAAGUGCGCCGCAAAGAGCAAGGUUCGCAUGGCUGCCGGCGGCAAAGCCGACUGCAUCCUCGACUUUUGGGUUCAGAACAUCCAGGCCUCCACAAAGUACCGCGCGAGAAUUGCUGCUGGUGAGAAUGUCUCGGACGACGAGAAGCCUUCCAUGCUGCUCCGCGAGUUCACCGACUUUGAGAUUUCCAUGACUUUGUUCACUUUCCUCUUCGCCUCGCAGGACGCCACCUCGUCUGCUUGCACCUGGCUGUUCCAGAUCAUGGCUGACCGGCCCGAAAUCCUGGAGAAGGUCCGCGAGGAGAACAUUGCGAUCCGCAACGGUGACAUUCACGCCCCUGUUGAUCUAGAUCAGAUCGAGACAAUGCAGUGGACACGUGCUGUGGUCAAGGAAACUCUUCGCUACCGCCCUCCCGUCAUCAUGGUCCCAUAUGUGGCCAAAAAGGACUUCCCCAUCACCGACACUUACACUGCCCCCAAAGGAUCCAUGGUCAUUCCCACGACCUAUCUAGCUCUUCAUGACAGCGAGGCUUACCCUGAACCGGAUUCCUUCAUUCCUGAGCGAUGGAUCUCCGGCGACGCCGACAAACAGACCAAGAACUGGCUUGUGUUUGGUACAGGUCCGCACUACUGCCUUGGACAAACAUACGCGCAAGCCAACCUCAUGCUCAUGAUCGGAAAAGCCAGUAUGAUGCUGGACUGGAAGCACAAGGUGACGGAUCUCAGUGAGGAGAUCAAGGUUUUCGCUACAAUUUUCCCUAUGGACGAUUGUCUCUUGACAUUCUCGGAGCGUCAGGCUUAA